AUGUUUGAAGAGCAAAAUGAUCAAUAUUUCAUACAUUCUGAUGUAUUUUUAUCAACAGAAGAUAAAACAAAUUAUGAAAAAUUUUUUAAAAAUUCUAUUCAAUUUUUUAUAUUAUUAAAUGAGAAUCAUGGAGAUAUUAAUAUUGAUGAUGAUGGUGAUCCAGAUUUAAAUCGUCCAGAACGUAUUGAUUUGACUUUAGUUCAUCGUAAUGAAACAAAUAUAUCUGAAUGUGGAUAUCAAUUAUGGAAUGGUUCUUUACUUCUUUGUGAUUAUAUCUUAACAAAUCAAUCUCGGUUUUUAAAUAAAACAAUCUUAGAAUUAGGUGCUGGUAUUGGUCUUUGUAGUCUUAUUGCAAGUCGAUUUGUAUCGAAAAUUAUUUGUACGGACUAUGAUAAUGAUUUAUUAGAAGUAAUUAAACAAAAUAUUGAAAUAAAUGAUGCUGUAUGUAGAAAAGAAUGUAUUCAAAUACAAAAAAUUGAUUGGAAACAAUUUAAUUCAAAUGAAAUAGAUAAUCAUAUCGAAAUUAUUCUUGCAGCUGAUGUUAUUUAUGACGAUGAUUUAACUGAUGCAUUAUUUAAUGUAUUUACAAAAUUAUUUCAAGAUAAAUUAAAUCUUCAUUCAAUUUAUAUAACAAUUGAAAAACGAAUUAAUUUUUAUCUUGAUACAUUAUCUAUUCAAUGUUCAGCAUAUGAAUAUUUUCUUGAAAAAUUAAAUCAAUUUAAAAGUGAUUUUCCAUUAAUAAUCGUCGAAGAAAUUAAUACAGAUUUAAAAUCUAUAAAACAAUGCACAACAAUUUAUAAACGAACAAAAGAAUUAGUAAAAACAAUUUUUUUUUUCUUUUAA